CCUCCUCGUUUCCAUCGCCGCCGCUGCCACCGCCACCUCCGCCGCGAUGCAGAGCCUCCUCCUCCCCACCGCGGCCGCGACCGCCCCGUCCCCGGCCCGGGCGCGGGGGCGCGCGCCGCCUCCCGGCCGCCGCGCCUCCGUCGCCGUCCGCGCGUCUGCGUCUGCGGCGGCGGUGGCGCCGAGGCGGGAGACGGAUCCGAGGAAGCGGGUGGUGAUCACCGGGAUGGGGCUGGUCUCCGUGUUCGGGAACGAGGUGGACGCCUACUACGACCGGCUGCUGGCCGGGGAGAGCGGGGUCGGCCCCAUCGACCGCUUCGACGCCUCCAACUUCCCCACCCGCUUCGCCGGCCAGAUCCGCGGGUUCUCCUCCGAGGGCUACAUCGACGGCAAGAACGACCGCCGCCUCGACGACUGCCUCCGCUACUGCAUCGUCAGCGGCAAGAAGGCGCUCGAGUCCGCCGACCUCGCCCUCGGCUCCAAGUCCAUGGACAAGAUUGAAAAAACUCGGGCUGGUGUACUUGUGGGCACCGGUAUGGGUGGUCUUACAGUGUUUUCUGACGGUGUUCAGAAUCUUAUUGAGAAGGGGCACAGAAAGAUCACUCCAUUCUUCAUUCCGUAUGCCAUAACUAACAUGGGAUCUGCCCUUCUUGGAAUGGACAUUGGCUUCAUGGGUCCAAACUACUCUAUCUCAACUGCCUGUGCUACCUCGAACUACUGUUUCUAUGCUGCAGCAAACCAUAUUCGCAGAGGCGAAGCUGAUGUGAUGAUUGCUGGUGGCACUGAAGCUGCAAUUAUUCCGAUUGGUGUUGGUGGGUUUGUUGCAUGUAGAGCACUUUCACAGAGGAAUGAUGACCCCAAAACAGCAUCAAGGCCUUGGGACCAAGCCCGGGAUGGUUUUGUCAUGGGUGAAGGAGCUGGAGUGCUGGUCAUGGAGAGCCUAGAGCAUGCGAUGAAACGUGAUGCACCAAUAAUUGCGGAGUAUUUAGGAGGUGCUGUGAAUUGUGAUGCUUACCAUAUGACUGAUCCAAGAUCUGAUGGCCUUGGUGUUUCGUCUUGCAUUAAGCAAAGUCUCGUAGAUGCUGGCGUUGCACCGGAGGAGGUCAACUACAUAAAUGCUCAUGCAACAUCCACCCUAGCUGGUGAUCUGGCAGAGGUGAAUGCCAUUAGGCAAGUCUUCAAGGAUCCAUCGGGGAUUAAAAUAAAUGCAACCAAGUCCAUGAUUGGGCAUUGCCUUGGCGCGGCAGGUGGCCUGGAAGCCAUUGCAACUGUUAAAGCUAUAACCACUGGAUGGGUCCAUCCAAGCAUAAACCAGUUUAAUCCGGAGCCAGCUGUUGAAUUUGACACAGUACCUAACGUAAAAAAGCAACAUGAAGUGAAUGUUGGUAUCUCGAAUUCUUUUGGAUUUGGAGGACACAAUUCAGUUGUAGUAUUUGCACCAUUUAAGCCUUAAUGUGUUGCAUGUUACACAAAUCUUGGCCAGAAUAGUGAAGGCCAUUUCAGGAAGUUCUGAGUUAUUCUGCAUGUCUUUUCUUUGGGAGAAGCAACUGUUGAUUUAACAGCCGGCAACGUUACAACGAACUGGAUCUGAGAUUCAUUCCAUUUUAGGCACAACUAUCUAUCACUGAAAUUGAGAGAGCUCUGUAUAACGUUGUUUUGCAUAAUUUGCAAUUGAUUCUACCUACUUCUGUAUAAUUGAAAAAAGUUGGGAAUGCCUAGAGUUGUCAUGUAGAAGCAGAUUUAGAUUUCCUGUUCCAUAGAAAUGCUUGUCUGUAAUUUGUAUUACCUGGUCUAGAAAAAUGUUCUCUAUUGCAAUUUUUGUUGAGUAUGCCAGUGCCCGGUUAGUGGAAUAAAAAGUUUCCAAUUUUCUGAAAGCAUAGCCGAUUUCCGGUU